AUGUGUUCUUGUAAUUACCUGUUUUGGGUUUCCAGCGUAUCUUUGAACCUGGUUGACGCACGUGCUUGGCGAAACGACCUCUUUCACAUUCCGGCAGGCCAAUCUUUCAACCCAUCAAACAAGAACUCGAAACAUCUCAUUGCGAUCAUCAUCAACACAAAUCGCCGACGAAAAAAAAACCAAUCACGUGAUAUACCAACACGACAACCGCAAACGAAAACAACCAAACUUGUCACGAGCGCUUGCAAUCGGUCGAACCCAGACGAAAACCCCCGGGCGAUUACCACCGAUCGACGCGAUACCCUUCCCAACCGUCGGAUUGAUAGGAGCGCGAGGCUCGGGCUGCCGAUCGUGGCGCCAAUUCAUCUUGUCGAGAACCGCCCCCUCGGUUCCCCGCGGGGUGGAGUCGGGGGCAUGAAUACCUCGACGACACCGCACACGCCGCUCGAGAAACUCCUGUUGUUUCGCGGAAUCGCCAACUACGGCUUUGGAGAGGACAACUUUGUGGCCAUCGCCGGGGUUCUCCAGAGCAACAACCUCAUCAAAGAUGAUACCACUUUCGACGCCCAGCGACUGCGACCCGAGACCCUGCGAGACCUCUUUCUGCGACUUUUACAGGAGGAGGUAAAGGCCGAGAGCGGAAAUACACCCGGUCCCGAUGGCGCCCUGUCGCCUGCGUCGAAGAAGCGCAAGCUGCAGUCUCCACCCCCGUUGACCCUUAAGGAUGCCCGUCAAUAUUUGGACAAGCUUGAGAGUGCCUACAGCAAGCUGCAUGAUGCAUACCUACGCCACGCCACCGACGAGAUACGGCAGUUCGAAGAUGAAUACGACCAACUACAGGAGGGGAUAAAAGAGCUGGAAAAGAUGGGCACGGGAGAGCUCGAACCGAAAGCUCCAAGCCCACAUGAUGUCGUAGGGAAACACGAGCCAGGACCGUUAAGCAAGGUUGAGCCGCCUCCGGGGGCUCUGCCGCGGCCUCCCCAGGUUCCGACUUCCUUGGCGCCCCAGCAGGCCCUGCGGAAUCUACAGCCUUUGCUGCCCCAACCAGCAUCGCAGAAAGACGUUCGGGGUGGGCUUUCGCCUCUGCAACCGGCAGCCCCUGAGCAGGUAUCCCCCGCUCCUCCGCCGUCAGCCGCCGCCCACACCGAACCCGCGCGAUCUCCUCAACUCGGUCAGCAAGAGGUGACUAGACUGCCGGUAACGCAGCCAACCACGGCACCACCGAAACCUCAGAAUGCGGCGCCUCAAGUCCUACAAGCGCCGCAAGGCGUUACCCCCUUCCAACCCCCGCAGUCACCUGUGGCGCCUAACGUAGGUGAUGGCCUACAACGACCAGAAGGCGCUGUGGGAACCAGACAGUCUCCGGCACUGCCAUCGGCCAAUGUGCUACCCGCACAGGGGCAGCUGAAAUGGGAACCGCCCUACCAGCCAAAUGCUCCUUGGCGACAUGCGGCGAACCCCCAGCAACAACAGCAUCAGCAACAACAACCACCCAACGUGUCCAAUAUUCCGUCUCAGACCAUCCCUCCAUCACGGGGCCCUCAGCAACCAGCACCACCACAUCCGGGAUCGGCAGCUAUCCAGGGACAAACUAGUAGGCCGUUGCAUCAGCAACAGGUUUUGAUACCCCCACAUUCUGCCACUCAGUUUGCGCCACCGCUCCAGUCGCCACAAGUCAGGCAACCCGCAGCUGCUGCAAGCGAGCCAGGCAAACAACAGCCGCAGCUCCCCACCAGGGCAGCUGGUAACCCCCCCCAACCGCAUCCCCACGUCCCUCCAUAUCAACGUCACCCUGUAUCAGCCUCGGGCCCUGCCACUCCGGUUCAUCCUACCUCUCAAGUGCGCCCGCCUAGUCCAGGGCGGAGCGCGGCGGUUCCGGGAGCGUCUACGCCGCCGGUUACUGUACCGCCCAGACCGAGCCCUGGUCUAGCUGCUCCUCAGCAGCCGCACCAUCCCGCGGCUCCGCAACCACCACCAUACAACCAGCAACACGCCCCGCGGGGUGCUCCCUCGCCGGUCCCCGCCCCUCCAGAUACGGCCCAGCGCUACAAUUCCCCAUACCAACCGCCCCGACCCGCAGCUGUUGACCGUAUUCAUCCUCGGUUCUCUGCUACGUCGACACCAACGCCGCCUGCUAGGUUCAGUCCGGCUCCUUCUGCCCCGCAAACACCUACCAUGAAUCUUCCCACAAGAUUGGCAAAAGGCAGCGGCACAAAGUGGUUAUCGAAUUCGACGCCCUCGACUCCGAAGCCAGGGAUUGAGUUUCGGCUGGGUUACGAUGACGUCCCCAGUCCCGCGUAUGAGCCGACGAGCCCUGUAUUGCGACCCUCAGCACCACCAACGUCUAAGCAGGCGCAGAAACGGGAAGGGGCAACCGAUACACCCAAGCACAAGGGAGGAAGAUCGCAUGUUCCGCAGCGAUCCCAGGGCGUCUCCACACCUCAGCCCGGUCCCCGAGCAACACCGAACCUGCCACCAGGUUCUCAGGCCAAGCAGGCGGCUGUGGAGCCCGAGCCACCAAGAGUUAAGCGCGAGGUGACCACACCACGGCCGUCAACCGAAGCUGGAGACACUACCGCGGAUGAGAGCCGGGAAGAAUUGACCCCGACGCCCGGCCGGACUCCUCGCGCGAGCCAGCUACGCGAGGCCCUCUCGGAAAGCCUCAACCCAGCCGACCCACCCAAACUCGUACUCUGGACGCGCUCGUUCAACAAAGUCUGCGGCUCCGCGAUGGAACAGAUAGUACACCACCGGUCCGCCAACAUGUUCGCGGCGCCGAUCCGCGAGAGGGACGCGCCCGGCUACCACAAGGUGGUCAAGCAAGCCCAAGACCUCAAGACCAUCCGCGCCGCCAUCAACCACGGCAACCGCGCCGCCGCCCAGGCCGCCGCCGCCCUCCCCGACGCCAGCGGCGACCCGGCCUCCUCCUCCUCGGGCGUCUGGCUGCCCCGCACCCACGACCUCGUCCCGCCCAAAUCCAUCAUCAACUCCUCCCAGCUCGACCGCGAGCUCGCCCACAUGUUCUCCAACGCCGUCAUGUACAACCCGGACCCCCACCACGGCCCGGGCCCCGCCUUCCUCCGCGAGGUGGACGAGGACGAUGAGGGCGCCGAUGCGGGCGGCGGCGGCGGCGGUGGUGGUGGUGGCGGUGGUGGGGGUAAUGGUGGUGGUGGUGGUGGUGGCACCGGCGGCGGCAGCGGCGGCGGCGGCGGCGGCGCGCAGGACAGUGGCGUGCUGGGGUACAAGGUCGACGAGUUCGGCGUCGUCAAGGACGCCCGCGCCAUGUUUGUCGAGGUCGAGAAGCUGCUUAGUGAGCUGCGCUCGGCUGAGGUCAGGCGGAAUGUCCCGCCCGGUGGUGGCGUCGGUGGUGGUGGCGGUGGUGGUGGGGUGGGGACGGGGACGAGUACCCGCCAGGCGAGCGUGCUUGGUGGGAAUGGGGGUGGUGGUGGUGGUGCGGGUGGGGAGAGUGGGAGGGAUGAGGGCGAGGAGGAGGCGGAGGAUGGGGAUGGUGCUGCUUCUGGUGCUGGGGUGGGUGUGGGUAAGAGGCGGAGGGUUGGGAGGGCGUAGGUAGGUACGAAGGAGGGGGGUUGAUGUUGGAGACGGGAUGGGGGUGCAGCGGUUUUUGGCUUGUUUGGGUGAGUUCGGGGUUACGGUUUGGUGGUGUGCUGCGGGUUAGGGUUAUGGUGGUAAGGCCGUCUCGUCGCACGGGAAACAUCUCCGGAGCCAUCUUCGUGUUUGGUGCUCGGCUUGUCAUUGCGCCUGUGUAUGCGUAGGGCUGGGAAAGGUCUAUGCCGGUAUGGGGAUGCGCCCAAUUGCUAGCGUAGUUGAGCCUUGAAGUAAUCAAAACCUAGUCAAGUCUUGAAGCAAU